AUGGACAUUGACAUCGACGACAUCCUUGCAGAACUCGAUAGAGACACCACCGCCGUCGAUCAAACGCUUACGUCGCAAGGUAAUGACACCACUGUAGUGGGCAGCGAUGCAGUGGGAGACUUAGUCGCUAAACAGCAAGCGGCAGCCGCACAAACAGCAGCGCCACCGUCUCCCGUACAAGAUUUCAACGACCUGCUCGUUGCGUGGCGCAACGAGCGCAUGUGUCCCGAGAUUCUGGCGUAUCCACAUUUGCUGAUGGCGCGCACGCUGCGAAGAGUGCAACAACAGAUGGAACACAUCGAAUGCGUGUCAAUGGGGUUUUACGAGGACGAAACACGCGACGCGGCGAGUGCUGUAGCGAACAAGCUGCCUCUGUUGUGCAUGGAGGCAGAUCUGGAACGGCUUAAAUUUGUGGUUCGAAGUUAUAUCCGGUGUCGACUCUCCAAAGUCGACAAAUUCAGCCUGUACCUGCGGCAACUCGACACACAGCAGCCUGUGCCGCUCACAGAGUUGCUUUCCAGCAAAGAACUGGAAUACCACGAACGUCAUUUCACCAUUUUACUCAAACUUUUAAAUUCGACCAUUUUAAAGCACAUGCCACCCGAAUUACAAGCGAUCGACGACAAUGAGGGUAGUGUUCCAAUGGUAGAGGGACCCGACUUGGCCAGUUUCGUCUUCGUGCGCGUCACAGGACCCGACCUUGGUCGUUCUGCCCCAGACACGGACCCAACGCUUGAAAUCAACGACGAGGGAGUGCGCUUUUACCCAGUCUACAUCCAGGAACUGCGAGAGGAAGUCGAACUCACCGUCGAUGGCAUCUACGUCAUGCGCUACAACGUCGUCCAAGAACUCGUUCAGGCCCGCAAGGCAAUCCUAAUAUAG